AUGGAAAAAACAGUGCUGUCGUUGCGGCUCUGCCCGUCGGAGGUGCGCUUCGCCAACGUGCAAGUCGGUAUGAUCUAUAGCACUGAAAUCAAGGUGCAGAACGUCGGUCGCAGCAACAAGAAGAUCCGCUUCCUGGGGCCCCAGGACUCGCAGUUCAAGUUGGACAGGAACACUAAAGAAAUAGCAAUUGCUACUGGACUUCAUGUGACAGCCACUGUGACUUAUCAGCCUGUUAAAGAAGAAGACAGUUUUGACAAAAUAUGUAUUUUAGUAGGAAGAAGAAAAAUAACAAUUCCACUGAUUGGGUUGAUUCCAUGCUGUCAUUUGGAAAUUGAGUCAAAAGUUAAUUUUGGCACAAUCACAGCUAAUGGUAAAGCAAUUUGUAAAUCGAUUAACAUUAUUAACCACGGAACAAUUCCAGGUUCAUUUGACAUAGAUUAUAAAGGGAAGUUACCUAUCACUAUACAACCAACUAAUGGAAUUGUGGACCCUAAAUCAUCAAAGAAUAUUAAAGUUUAUGUAUGUACAGAUAAGCCCAGAAUUGUUAGUGAAUUGGCAAAAGUAAGUUUGCAGGGUGGCGAAGACACAUUUUUACAGAUUGAAGCCUGUGUUGUCCAGCAAAUUAUUGAACUGUUAGAUGUUUAUGGGGAAAAAAGUUUGAAGUGUAUACAAUUUGGAAGUGUCUUCUUUGGAACAUCAAAGAUUGAGCAUGCAGUUCUGUAUAAUAACAGUCCUGAACAUAUGAGUUGGGUGGCAGUGAUGGAGCAUGAAGCAGUUGGAGAAGAAUUGGGUACAAACCUUCAGCAAAGAAUAGAUGGCGCUUUACAUGAUUUAAACUACAUAAGCAAAAUGAGAAACAUAGAUGUUACCACUUUUAUUUCUUGUAUUCCCAAUGAAGGAACUUUAUUACCUUAUCAAAAGAUAGUAAUUACAUUUUGCUUUAGUCCAAAACUAUAUGAUAAUGAUAAAAAGCAUGCUGACUUAUCCCACAAACAAGACUAUGCUCUGUUUUUGAGAUUCGAGUCAAUAGAGAGUAAAGAUACUUUUUCAAAAGCUGAAGAAGAUGCUACUGAAAGUCAUCAUUUUCACAAAGUGGAGUUAGCACUGACAGGUUCAGGACUCCCUGUCUUAUUAAGUUUUGUACCAGGAAAAGUCCUUCAUUUCACACCUUGUUUUAUGGGUCAACGUUCAGAGAUUUUGUGCAGCAUACAAAAUCAUUCCAAAUCACUUCCUGUAGUAUUCAGCUUCCACAAAGUAGCUCAUUUUAGAACUACUCCAGAGAAAGGAAAGAUACAUGAAGAAAGUAUUCAGAAUGUGCUCUUUUCAUUUGUGCCACAUCAACUAGGCACAUUUAAAGUAAAGCAAUUCAUGGAUAUACUUGGUUUUGUGGCAGAAGAUGGUUUACAUGUGCAAGUGAAACCUUUUCACCAAAUAGAGUUAAGUUUUACUAGUAUCUGCAAACCUACAACCAAGAGAAUUGAGAUGAAAAUCAUUCCCGGUCUAACACCUCUGAUUACUAAUGCCACUGGACAGUAUGUUGUUGAUGAAACAGGAGAGUACAAAAACUUUGCACCAGUAGCAAUGCUGAAAUCAAAAUUGACAUCCAUCCAUGAUCACCACUUAAGUGCACCCUUGGGGAAUGAUGUACUGGUUGCCUUUCCUAAUGACCGAUGUGCUAGCCUCAGGUCUGGAGAUCCACGUGUCGAAAUCAGGACCAUUUUCACGAAAGUUGCGAGAUGCAAUUAUGUGGAUCCCGAAUUUGCAUAUACUAAAGAGGAAGAAAUACAAAUACAAGAAAAUAAAGACUACUAUGCUAACUUCACUUUGAAAUUGGCAAAGUGUAGAAUGCAGAGGAAGUCAGAAAGGGCAUUUAAACUCUCAGAUAAUGAGAUAGAUAUUGGCAUGAAACCAGGAGAAGGAUUGAAGUCACCUCACCUAUCAGUUUCACAAAUAUUUGAAGAGAUGACUGAACCUAUAAAAUUGCCUCGAAAAGACAAUUUCCUUCUAAGUACUCGAAAUUUGGCAGCAAAAGAGACAGAAUCUCUGCAAGAAAAUGUUAUUAAUGUAGUUAAUCACAACCCAUCCACUCCACAAGCAAAAGAAGAUUGUAACUUAAUUUUGACACCAAAGCAACUUCAUCAAGUAGUAAUUGGUCCAUCUGUCCUUGACUUUGGUGAGAUCUGUGUGAAUUAUGUAUGUGCUAAACAAGUGCGUGUUAUCAAUAAUCUGCCACUGCAUGUUUUGGUGCGGUUAGAAAUUGAGCAUGAAGAACUAAAGAGGACGAAUCCAUUGUCUUUUGUGGUUCCACCUGCAUCAAAUAUAUGCAUUCCAAUAGUGUUUGAGACGACCACCCUGGGGUCGUUUUGGAAGUCUUUCAGUUUCACAAUAAACAGCAUUCCUGGUGGAAAUAUCCUAGUGAAGGCAGUAGUGAUGCCCGUGGCUCUUGAGUUAUCAACUAAAGAACUGGUUCUAAAACCUACUCGAGGCUUCUUGGUGAAAACAGGAUAUAGGGGGACAGUCAGAUUAUAUAAUCCCCGAAACUGUGCAGCUAGAUUUAAAUGGCAACCAUUGAUCCUAAAUAAUGGGAUUGCAUUUUCUAUAUGUCCAGCUAAAGGUACUGUAGAAGGAUACUCAGCACUGGAUUGUGAAGUGAGUUGGCAACCGAGUUACAGAUCUCCAGAAAGAGGCCACUUCAACCUUGAAGUGUAUGAUGGAAACACAGUGAGGCUAGACUGUGCAGUGAAGAUUGGUCCUGCCAAAGUUGUGCUAUUGGCUCAUCAUGUGCUCUUUGAGAAUUGCCCUCAAGGUUUAACAACAUUGAAGAAAACAGUUCUUCAAAAUGUUGGUCUACAUCAUGCUUACUUCAAGAUUUGUGACCAAGAGCUUCUGCCUUUCAUUAAGAUCACUCCAUCUCAUGGCAUAAUACCUGUAGGGGGUUUAACUCCUCUCCAUAUCACUUGUACACCAUAUUUUUCAGAGAGAUUUGAUACCAAAGCAAAGGUAAUAAUACGCCAUGGAAAUGAAUUAGACCUUAGGAUUGGUGGCUCUAUAGAAAUUGCUGAUGUAGUUAUUAGCCUGAGUUUAAUAAACUUCGAAGGAGUUUAUGUUGGCUCUACAAAGGUUAUUCCAUUUUUACUAAGUAACAAUGGUACAACACGUGCCCGAGUGGAAUUUGAUUUAUCAAAUUAUAAAGAUUUUACAUUGGAAUUUAAAGACCAUGAAGUUUUCAGAGACCCUAUACUUCCUUAUUCAUAUGCUGUGGAAUUAGAAGAAAAGACAUCGUUGGAAUGUGGGCUGGCAUUUUCUCCCAAAGAAGUGGCAGCAUAUGACUUCAGUCUUCCAAUUAGUGUUAAUUUCACUGAUUCGUCAACACUCUCCUAUCUUUGGUCUACAACACAGUCUUUUGAUACUCAAUGCUCUGCUUCUUUAGUCCCGUUAAUAGCUCCAUUGGUACCACCCUGUAGUGUCAAAGCAAUUGUAUUACAGCCACCACUGAAAUUAUCCAAUACAGAAUUUUCCUUUGAAGUUCCUUUAAGUAAUGUGACAUUGGAUUUUUGUAAUGAAAACCAGAAUGAUCAGGUUCUUGACCUGACUAGCACAUCAAAACAAGAGAUAUCUUGGACUUUGGACAUCAAUUACGCAGGCAAAAGAGUAAAAGAUGGCACUUUUUCAUUCAGUGUACUUUCUGGUUCUCUUGCACCCGGUGAAACAAGUAGCAUUUUUGUAAAUUUCUGUUCAAUGUGUCCUGGAACAUAUACUGCUGAAGUUCCUCUUCAUCUGAAGGAUGAUCCUGUUUGCUACCGAUUGUUAACACUAACAGGAACUGUGAGAGCACCCAAGUUAACUUUUGACCCUCCAUUUGUGUUUUUGACUCCUGUUCCUUUGGGUGUGAAAACUGAGGUGGAUAUCAACAUUAUUCCCCAAAACUAUUUCAGGAAAUCAGCAGUAUAUGCCCGAGUUCCAACAAUUAAGCUUUAUGAUGGUGUUAUGAUAGAUGUCCUUUCUGUGGAUUUUCCAAAUGGCAAAUAUAUUGAAGUCUCACCAGAUGGAAUAAAUACAGGACUAAUUUCUCACAUCAGUUUUAAAUCAAUGAAGCCAGUGUCUUUUUCGGCUGAUGUGCUAUUUUUCGAUGAAGAAAAUAAUUGGUUUGCAAUGCAAAUUACUGCAGUAGCAGAAAAUUGUAUUCUUACUAUUUAUCCAUACUUGGCAUAUCACAUUGAUGAUCAAAAAAUUAUGUUGAAGGAAGGUAUUGAUCUGGUAUGUGAAAAUUUACCAUCACAAGGAAGUGAAAAACCAAAGACAGAAGAAAAUGAAUAUGUGAGUGUGAAACAGGGACAAUAUUUUUUUCCUGAUGAAGACAAAAAGGAAUAUCCAUUUUUUGAGAAAGUUGUAACUGCAGUUCAGACAUGGUUUAGUCUCUUUGGUUGGUCUCAAGGACUCAAUCCAAUUUCUGUUCCAGAGAGCAUAAGAAGGGAUGUGUCUAAAGGAGAGUUAUCAGCUUCAAAAAACAAACAAAUCAAUUCAAAUAAUGACUUUGCCAGAUAUAAUAAAACCAUAUAUGACAUGUUAUUCUACUUGAAUGGACAGAUGUUACCUGGAGUUGCAACAACUCAGACAUUACCUGUUGAUGAUACUGAGAGAGUGAUCCACCUCCAUUGGCUACAUUCUACACUUCUCACCUUCCUCAAAACUCAAGGAGCAUGCCUUCCUUAUAUACUUCCUGAAUUUCUACUUGAACCAGAAGAUUACAAGAGAUGGAUUACAAUGAAAGCUGCCAGUAAAGGGGAAUCUGAGAAAACCCAAAUGCCUACAAAGCAUACUUUGAUCAUAGAGGACUCUAAGUUUGAAGCUAUGAGUAAACGUGUCUGGACAGAUGUGUUACUUCAGACAUACAAGGUGCUUGUUCUUUCUCGGAUAGUACCAUUGAGUAGCAGUAAGAUGCCUGCCAUAAACAUUCAGAAUACUCCAAGGAUCGACCCACACUUUUUGUCUAGUAACAUAUACUCAAAACCUGAAAGGACUCUGCUGAGUUGGAUGAAUACAAAUUAUGAGAGUACCAGAUGCAAGAUAUGGAAAAACUGUGAUAAAGGUCUUCCUCCCUUUGAGAAAUGGAUAGUAAAUUUUGAUAAUGAUCUUUUCGAUGGCCUCGUUUUAGCAGCACAGGUGGCAGCUUACUGUCCAUUUUUGAUACCAACCCAUUUUGUAGACAUGUAUACCUCUCCACACAGUCCUGAACAGCGCUUUCACAAUUGUUUGAUUGUUGUGAAUGCUCUACGUGAAGUUGAUUUAAAUAUAGAUAUACAGGCCAUUGAUAUUUGUGAUCCAAAUCCAGUCCUGAUGCUCAUGUUUUGUGUCUAUCUGUAUGAAAACCUGCCGUCUUACUUACCUACUAAGACUGUUCAGUUUCUCUGUUCUCUGCACACCACUGUUGUCAGACAGAUUCUUCUGAAAAAUACAAGCUCUAAAAAUUUAGUAUAUAAUGCUAGAAUUAUAGGCUGGGAUGCAGUGGAUUUUUCAUUGCCUAAAGAAUAUAAGAAUGUUAUAACUAUUACUUCAAGAGAUCAAGUUUAUAUUAAUGUGGCAUUUACUAGUCGCUUUCUACAUUCUGCUGAAGCUAUACUGAUGUUAAUUUCUAAAACUAAGAGUGGCAGGAGAGGUAUUACAAUGACUUUUGCUCUUAAGGCUGAAGUCACUAAUUUUAAAGCCAUGGAAAUUGUAAGCUGCAAAACCCCAUGUUAUGAAUGGAAAGAAGUUACUGUUGGUAUUAAAAAUCCUUUUCAAACUGAUGGAGAAUUCAGUGUUAAUUUGUUGGAGUCCUCAACUUUUGUACAUCAGACAACAAAGUUAAAUGAAUUAAAUGAAUCGACAAAAAUUGAAAACUCUCGUUGUGUAAUAGACUCAAUGAACACUAAAAGUGAAAAUUGUGAAUUUCUUGGCCAAGGAAACGUCCUAAAAACAUCAAUUAAAAGCAGUUUCAUGAAAGAAUUCUUCUGUAAGGUGGAGUCUAUCUAUCUAGAAGCUAAAGGGACUGCAAGUCUAAAUCUUCAUUUUCUUCCAUUUGAUCUCAAUAAGCGGUAUUGUGUUAUCAUAUUCAGCAAUACUAAGAUUGGAGAAUUUGUAUACAUUGUGGAAGGGACAAGUGCUGUUCCUUUGCCUUCCAGAUUCCUCCCAAUAGAUAAUCCAAAUAUUUUGAAUUACAACCACCCUCCUGACGAAGAUUUAGGCAAGGAUGAUCCAAUUCUACAUUUGAAAUGUGAUCUCAAUAACAUCUUGGAAUUAGAACUCAAGGUGCCACUGGUUAAUGAAGCCAGGGCAAAGGCCCUAGAUUUUUCAGCGCAUCAGCAGAUGUCAUCCCUUGAGUAUGAACGAAGGAAAAUCACGGGAACUCUCGACAGUAGUAGUGUACGAGCUGCAAUUGCUCUCUUAGGACUAACAAAACUUGAGACUCGUAUGCUUUUUAACAAUGCAAAGUCUAAUUCCACUUUAUAUACCACGGAAUUAAGCCUUCCAGAACACUUUGAUAUCCCCAAGAAAAUCUACAUUCCUUCUAUUCCACAAAGCAAACUUAAAGCAAUGAGUAUGGAAGAUGCCCAAACAAUACAACAAGCAGACCAUGUUUUACUUCCUUUAAGAUUUAUUCCUCUCACUGCUGGACGAUAUCCUUGUUUUAUUUUGCUGAAGUCAUCCCAUGAUAUUCGGCUCUUUUCCAUUGAGUGUGUAGUGAAUUCUGACUUUCCAGAGGCCAAAUUUCAAUUUGAAACUCCAGCAUUUGAACCACUGACUCAGGAUAUUCCAAUAAGUAAUCAAACAGUGACUGAAUGGAAAUGCAUAGUGACUAUAGAAGGAGAUUGGUUUUAUGGACCUUCUGUUUUAUAUGUGAAAUCAGGAGAAACUGCUCAAUAUCCACUGACAUUCAAACCUAUCAUGGAAUGUGAGGUUACGGGCACACUCAAACUACGGAAUGAAACAGAUGGUAUUGAGCAAGUCUUUGAACUAAAAGGGAUUGGGAAAAAACCUCUGCCCCUGGAUCAUGCUGUGAUAGAUUGUGAAGUGGGAAAAAUGACCACGAAGACCAUGAUUGUGCCCAAUUAUACAAAGGACAUGAUGACAUAUAGGGUAACUUCAGAUCUUCCAAUGGUGUGGGGAUGUCCAAGUAUUACUAUAGAGCCUGAUAAUAUGAUUUCUUAUGUUCUACACAUAUGCCCAUGGAAACGAGGCACAUUUAAAGGUGCAGUUUCAUUUGUUGCUGAAGAAACAAAACAGAAUGAUUCAGAGGAGAUAAGUAGUGAACAGUCCCUUCAGAAAUGGUUAUUAGAGGCAUCACAAAGUCUGGAUAACAAAGGAAGUGUUUCACAUGUAAAAGUCUGGUUUUUCCUAGAAAUUAAUAGCUUCCCUGCACCACCUGUAGAUACUAUUGAACUGACUUGUGCCACCUUGGACACUAUUGGAAUUGAAAUAUCUAUUAGUAAUCCUAAACAAAGAGAGCUCCAUUUAGAUGUGAUAUUAACAGACAUUUCCCUCAGUGGAGAGACCCCACUUACUCUGGAACCAAAUGAAAAAAUAACCUAUACAGUCAAAUAUUCUCCGAUGAUUAUAGGCUGUGCAAAUGAAAGUGUUGUUUUCCAGCCUCGAGCAGGUAUAGAGUUCUGGUAUUUACUGAAAUUAACUGCUGAAAGGCCAAGACCCACUACAAUGCCAGAAAUACAAUGUGACCUUGGAAAGAAAGUCCGUCAGAUUAUCCCUUUAGUUAAUUCUACACGUGAAACCCUGGAAUUGACAAUUACCAACAAUAAUCCUGUUAAUUUUUUUUUGGAUCCAAACAAAAAAGCAAUACUGAUUGUACCUCCUUAUUCCACUACUGAAGUACCUGUGCAUUUUUAUCCUUCUGCCCUUGGAAGAGGGAAACAGCAAGCUUCAAUCAUCUUCCACUGUAGACAGCUUGAAGAAUGGAUAUUUUAUCUGUCUGGAAUAGGCCUCAUUCCUCUACCUUUGGAACCAGUGACCAUAUGUACAUGUAUUGGUCGGCAUUUGUCUGUAAUUAUACCUUUCCGGAACCCCACUACUGAGCAUGUUCUUGUUGAUAUCCUAUUGACAGGUAAAUUCAGCAACCCUAAGCUUCCUGCCUCUUCUAUGGAUUUCAGUAUGACUAAGUACACUGGUUUCAGUUUUACUCUUAAGCAAACACAAGGAAUACCAUUACCUCCAAAAGGAAAGUUGGAUAUCCCUGUGUUAUUUGUACCUUAUAUUAUGAAAUUAUAUGAAGCAAUGAUGACUGUCGAGGUGGUGAGGAGAAAUGGUGAAUAUUGGCCUUACGAUAAAGCUGAUAACUUGGGCCCAGGUCUGGAAAGCACAACAAGAACAGAAAAUGGAGACAUCUGCAGUAUAUGUUGGAAGUACCCCAUACAAGGAAUCCCAGAAGCACCACUUCCCAAAACACACCAAGCUAGUAUAAGCAGUCAAGCCAGGAAUCGAGUGGAAGAGACAAUACACGUACUUCUAACUAGUGUAGUUUUUGAAUCACCAGAACAACGAGAAUUAGUGGUGAUUCCCAAAAAACCACUUGUGGAAGAUGAUCAGAAGCAGGAAUCAGUAAAUGAUGAUUUGCCUGAAGUGCAUGAAUUUCAGUAUGAAAUUCAAUUUGAAUCUGAUCUCAUGAAAUCUAACUUGGAAUCAUGUGUUGCCUUAUAUCUGACCAGUAAAGAACGAAAUAUAGAAAAUGGGGUUAUAUCACUAGUCUUCAAUAUAAUCUUUGCACCAAAGAAACCAAUGAGAUCUGUAAUCACAUUGGCGGUUCAUUGCAACACAGAUGGGAUAUGGAAGUUUCCAAUAACUCUGAUUGCCACUGAGCCGGAAGUGGAUGAUGUUAUCAAUAUUGAAGGGAUUGGCUUGUUCAAGGAAUCUACUGUUGCCUUUAGGCUGACAAGUCAGACACGGUCCCCAGAGUCAUUCACUGCAUACUUCCUCCCAGGCAGCGAUCAGGAGUUUUUUGUAAAACCUCAGAUGGGAGAACUUCUUCCAGUUCACACUGCUGGAACACUUAUCAGGGUUGGAUUCAAGCCACGAAUGUACAGCAGGAAGCAUCAGGCAACAUUAGUAAUACAGACAGAAAAUAUCUACUGGAUGUAUCAGAUCAAUGGGCUGCCACCAAACACAGUACCACCAACAAAUGUACCAGCUAGAAUUGAUUGCAUUAAUAAGAACCUGAGAACCAUCCCAGUUCAUCAGCGCAACUUCCUCCAGGAAAACACUAAACUAAUCACCACAGGGGUGUCCUCAACCAUCAAAGGUGCUCCUUUGGUCUUAAGAAAAAAUAAAUAAAAUUUUUAAUGUAUAAUUUGCCUUCAAAAGCAAUUAUGAUAUUCCAUCAUUUUGUUUAUUCAUUUGAAUACCUCCAGGGGAUGAUAGAGAUGAUAUAGCAUAGUUAAAUACCUUCUAUACGUUUGCUUUCAUUUUAAAUGGUGAAAACAAUAACAAAAGCACUGUUCUUCUAAUAUAUGUUUCUUAGGUAGGUUGCCAUGUGCAUAUUAUGAAAUUGACUUCAAAUCCCUAAAUAUAAGCAUUUGCUAACUUUUAAAAAUACAGGAAUACAUUUAUAGCCAAAAUGAAAAUGAGUUUCAGUGAAAAAGCUGUUUCUCAUACUUAUGUUGCUUUAAAACCUCAAUUUCUCAUAUUGAUGUAGCUUAU